CGUGUAUUUUCAGCCUUGGACAGCAAAAAGACUCUGCUGUGGUAUUCCCAGCUCUUGUUGCUUCAGCUUCCUCUCUUGCCUCUUCUUCUGCCUCCCCAUCCUCUUGUUCUACUGCCCUAUAGCUCAAGUCGCUUCUUUUGCCUUCUUGUCAAUUAUUCCAACUCUUAAUCCACUUCCUGUUUAAUUCCGCCUCUCUAUUUUGCUUUUUCUUUCUUUCUGGCUAUUAAUUAUUCUAUACAUUUGUAAAUCAAUUCAAACCAACUCAAAUCAUGGACGUUAGAAGAGGAAACACCCAAAUUAGAAAACAAGCUGCUGCCAACACCGACAAACUCAAAAAUGCUAUAAGCUUAAUCCAGGUUCCCUCAAAGCCUACUGACAGCCCAAUUAACAAUUCAAUUCUCACUGACCUAAAAAAGGAUCUAACCUCUUAUACCCUUGACGAUAAAACCUAUAAAACUAAUCAAAGAAUCGUAAACACUAUCCCUCCAAUUGCUUCAAAAAUACCCACCACCAGUCAAGUCUUUAUGACAAAUGGUCUUCCCAACCACGAAUUCAUUAAAGAACACUUCAAAAGAGAAGGCAGACUAAAUGAACCAGACUUGAUCAAAAUCAUUGAAAUGGCUACUAAAUUCCUACAAAGUGAACCAAACUUACUAGAAGUCCCUGCCCCUGUCACCGUUUGCGGUGAUGUUCAUGGCCAAUACUUUGAUUUAAUGAAACUAUUCGAAGUUGGUGGUGACCCUAAAUCGACUGCCUACUUAUUUCUUGGUGACUAUGUUGAUAGAGGCUUCUUUUCUAUAGAAUGUCUCGUCUACCUCCUAUCCCUAAAACUAAAUUUUAGGAAAACCUUUUGGAUGCUCAGAGGUAACCAUGAAUGUAAACACCUAACUGACUUCUUCACCUUCAAAACUGAAUGCUUACACAAAUACUCAAUCAACGUCUACAACGCCGCUUUAAACUGUUUCAACUCCCUUCCAUUAGCUGCUAUAAUGAACAAACAAUUCUUCUGUGUCCAUGGCGGCUUGUCCCCAGAUUUAAGAUCUUUAGAUGAUAUCAGAAAACUAAACCGUUUUAGAGAACCUCCAACAAAGGGCUUGAUGUGUGACUUACUAUGGGCUGAUCCUUUAGAAAAUUAUGACGAUGAUGUUAAUGAUAGACUAUAUAUCCCAAAUCCUGUCAGAGGCUGCUCUUAUUCUUUUUCCUAUAAAGCUUCUUGUCAAUUUCUAGAAAAUACAGGCUUAUUAUCAAUUAUUAGAGCCCAUGAAGCUCAAGAUGCUGGCUAUAGAAUGUAUAAAAGAACUAAAACAAUGGGCUUCCCUUCUCUAUUAACAAUGUUUUCUGCUCCAAAUUAUUUAGACAGCUAUAAUAACAAAGCCGCUGUCUUGAAAUAUGAAAAUAAUGUAAUGAACAUCAGACAGUUUAAUGCUUCUCCCCAUCCUUAUUGGUUGCCCCAUUUUAUGGACGUCUUUACUUGGUCCUUGCCAUUUGUUGGUGAAAAAGUCACUGAUAUGUUGGUUUCUUUAUUAAACAUUUGCUCUGAAGAAGAAUUGGAAGAAGAAACUUUAUUUGCCCAAGGCCAAUCCAUUACUGAUGUUGUUAAUGACAUUUCAAUCCAACAUCAAAAACAAAAAGAACAACGCAACUUUCAACUAGAUCAAUCCCAAUUUAAUAACAACUCCCCCGAUGAAAUCUCGAAAAAAUUACAACUACGUAAUAAAAUUAUCGCAAUUGGUAAAGUUUCAAGAAUGUAUCAAGUCUUGAGAGAAGAAAGUGAAAAUGUUCAACAACUAAAAGAUAUUGCUGGUGGCUCAUUACCAAAGGGAACUUUAUUAGCCGGCUCAGCAGGUUUGAAAGGUGCUUUGCAUACUUUUGAAGAAGCAAGAAAAGCUGAUUUACAAAAUGAAGCAAUGCCUCCAAGUAACGAAGAGCUAAGAAGAAGAGCCACUGAAAAAGAAGUCCGAAUCAAACGAAAGGUAACUGAUGAAGUCUCAAAAGACCAAAGAAUUCAAAGAAUCGCAAGAUCUCUUUCUCGAUAAUCAAUCAAUCGGUCAAUCAAUUAAUUAAUCAGUCCAAUCAUUUGAAAUGGUUGCAAAUUUUCCAUCAAGUGAUUUUUAUAAAAAACUAUUUCACUUAUUUUUAUAUUUUACACUUUACUCUAUACUUUUUUACAAAUUUUUUUU